AUGAAUGAUUUAUUCUCUAGUUCGUUCAAGAAGUACUCGGACCUGAAGCAACAGGCCCAAAUGGACGAUCUUGAGGCAGGUAAAGAGACAAUGAACCUCGAUAAAUUCUUCGAAGAUGUUGAAAAUGUCAAAGACGACAUGAAGGGCGUAGAGACUCUUUACAUGAAGCUUCAGGAUUCGAACGAGGAGUGCAAGACGGUCCACAAUGCCAAGAAGGUUAAGGAACUAAGAGCUAAGAUGGAUGGAGAUGUCGCUCAGGUUCUCAAGAGAGUCAAGAUCAUCAAGCAAAAACUCGAGGCGCUCGAAAAGGGGAAUGCUAAUAGCCGUAAUGUCCUUGGUUGCGGCCCUGGCUCUUCCACCGAUAGAACCAGGACCUCUGUUGUUAGUGGACUAGGGAAAAAACUCAAGGAUUUGAUGGAUAACUUUCAGGGUUUGCGUGCGCGGAUGAAUGAUGAGUAUAAAGAAACAGUAGAACGCAGAUAUUUCACGAUAACAGGUGAAAAGGCGGACGAACAGACGAUUGAAAAUUUGAUUUCGAGCGGUGAAAGUGAGAAUUUUCUCCAGAAAGCGAUACAAGAGCAAGGGAGGGGCCAAAUAUUGGACACGAUAUCAGAAAUUCAAGAAAGACACGAUGCUGUCAAAGAGAUAGAGAAGAAUCUUAUUGAGCUACACCAAGUGUUCUUAGACAUGGCGGCUUUGGUGGAAGCACAAGGGCAGCAACUAAAUGACAUAGAAAGCCACGUGUCUAAAGCGAGCUCGUUCGUGAGAAGAGGGACAGAUCAGCUCCAAGAUGCGAGAGAGCACCAAAAGAGCUCUAGGAAAUGGACUUGUUACGCUAUCAUUCUCUUUAUCGUCGUCUUUGCUUUGCUUCUCAUACCUGCCUUACCUCAUAUCAUGCUCAUGUUGAAUUGA